AUCUGGUAUUACUAUUAUUAUUAUUACUAUUAUUAUUAUUGGUAUUAUUAUUAUUAUUAUAGCCAGUGUUACCUCCGGACAAUCUGGGAGGAGCUAUUUGGAGAUAGGCCUGAUAAGCUUAUUUUGUAAAUAGUUUUUGACGUUAUUUGUAUUUAUUCUGUCGAAUUUUAUACUGCAUGUACAUUUAUCAUUAAAUUGUUGUACGUGUUGUUUAAGUGUAUGACCUUGGACACACUUUCUUCCGUCGUGUUACAUUCAUAGCUUGACACAUUGUUAACUGCUAACAAAUACACUGCUAUACCCACACGUCUUGUUCUUCAUUCGCACGUGAUUGUGUUAACUGAACUCUAAAUCAAAUACUGUCUACAUUUAUAGACUAUAAUCGGAAUAUAUCAUAUUCUACAUUUGGUUUUACCACUCGGAGGACAUCAACCUUACUGAAAUCUUCAAUCAUCUAUAAUUGUGGAUUUUGGUACCAGACUCAAUCAGAACACACACAAACCUGCUGAAUUAACAUUACUAUUUGUACUUAAUAACUCUGUUAUCAUUUUUGAGUUUAUAUAUUGUUUGGUCCACCACAGCCCUGAGAAGAGGUGGUUGUGCAUGGAGUCACCGAACAUCCUCAUAUCAAAAGCGUGGAGUAGGACUCAUAUCAUCAAUGAGCUGUAUACCCAGUCUUUCGUCACUAGACUAGUUUCACGGCAUCUUCAGCAAUUUACUAGUUAGUUAUGUUAGAUCCAGUGAUUAGGAACUACAAGACUUUUUAAUGAAUGUAUGAAUAUGUUGCAAAGUUUGUUCAUUAUAAAUCAGUCGAAUGAAAUAUGUUUAGAAAAACACUGGACAAAAAACAUUUCAAAGACAGUUUACGAUACCUUUUUUGAUGCCGUCACAAAAUAUGCAGCAGGUGAUGUGCCACCCGUUCUAGAAACUCCAAGCAAUUCACUCAUUCAUAUUUUGCGCAACAAUUUAUAUUUUCUAGCUGUGUGUGUUAAUGAGCUACCUCCCUUACUCGUGAUUGAGUUUUUAGAUUGCGUUCAUUCAAUAAUCGAAGAUUAUUUUGGCUCCGUUACUGAAACAUCAAUCAAAGAAAAUGUAGUUUCAAUAUACGAGAUUUUAGAUGAAAUGCUUGAUGGUGGUUUCCCACUGGCCACCGAAUCUAAUAUUCUAAAAGAAAUUGUGCGUCCUCCCAACUUCCUUCAAUCACUAACAGAUGCGGUUACUGGAAAAAACACGAUUAUUGGGUCCACACUCCCUACAAACCAGUUAUCGAAUAUACGUUGGAGACGUUCUGGUGUGAACUACACUAGCAAUGAAACGUAUUUCGACCUGAUUGAAAAGAUAGACGCGAUUAUCGAUCGUUCUGGUUAUGUAAUUUCCAAGGAGAUUCACGGAUCAGUUGAAUGUCUAAUUAAAUUAUCCGGAACUCCAGAUAUAACACUGGCUUUCACAAAUCAUCGGCUGAUUGAUGAUGCCAAUCUUCAUCCUUGUAUUCGCUUCUCACGCUGGAAGAGAGAAAGAAUCCUAUCGUUUAUACCGCCUGAUGGAAAGUUUUGUUUGUUCAAUUAUCAUGUAAGCUCAUUAAGCCCUGUAUCACUUCCUAUCAUACUAAGACAUAAUGUUCUUCUCCGUGAACGUGGAGGUCGUUUAGAUGUAGUGGUAGUACCAAAAACAAUGGGUAAACCUGUUGAAAAUGUAAAACUUACCAUCCAGUUACCACCAGAAGUUUUAAAUAUCACAGCAUCUCCAAGUGUUGGACGAACUAGUUUUGAUGUAACAACAAAAUUGUUUCAAUGGGAUAUUGGUCGAAUUGAAACAAAAUCUCCAAAUCCUUCAAUGAAAAGUAGUAUCGAUUUAGUUAGUGGUCUUACUACAUUACCAUCAAAUCCUGUAAUCGUCGUAAACUUUUGUAUUCCACAAUUCGUUGUAUCUGGGUUGAAAAUUGCUAGAGUUGACAUUUAUGGAGAGAAAUAUAAACCAUUUAAAGGAGUCAAAUACGCAACGAAAGCUGGUCAAUUUGAGGUGCGAACGUGAGAAUAGUCAACUUAUCUAGUAAAAUAGCACUGUCAAAUGAAUUCUUUUCUGUUUUAGCAUUUACACCUUACUACCCAUCGUUGUUAUCUUGUUUCUUGUUGUUAUGGAAUUUGUUUCAUUGAUUUGCUUCAAUCCUUCAAUAUUAGUACUUUGUGAUAAUUUUUUUUCUUGUGAGAAAAAUAAUUACUUUAUUUAAAGUCUUCUAACAAUUGAUUUGUUAUGUCUUUGUUGAAUUAAAAGUUAUUCCACAACAAUCUGUCAAUACUGUGAUUAAUGUACACUUAUGACUUGUGGUUAUUCACGAAACAAUAACAUAUUGCUUUUUGGUUAUUUUUGUGAUAAAUAUUCUUUUCUAUUCAUAGUCAGUCAACUAGUAUGUUUGUUUUCGGAAUUGUCUUAAAAUACGUUUUUAUUGUUCAUUUUCUAACGAAUAUGAUGUUUCAAAAGUGUCGACUUCAGCUAUCUGUAACGCAAGUGAAAUUUCUAUCUGAUUAUCUAGUAAAGAGCGAGUACAGCUCUCAGCACUUCUGUUUAUUACUUGUGCUCCUAUUAAAAAGCGAAAUUUGUGUGUAGCUUGCUGAUGCGUAGAUACGAAACACAACGCGCAUAUAAAACUAAUCAGUGAAGAGUGAUAUUGUUGAGAAUAGAACACUAAAUAAAUACAGUAGGGAACUGAGUUUUUUAUGUUGCGUACAGUAUAGUCUUUCAAGUAGAACUCAACUAUCCUAUUGGUUCUGUCAAUUUUACCUGUUAACUAAAUGCAAUUUUGUUAUUUUAAUCUAGACAUUCUUGAUUACUUUAAACAUGAUAAUGUAUUAGUCCAUGUUUUUAAUUUGUCAAACUGGAUUUCUUGUCGAUUGUUUGAACUCCACAGGAAACAUCGGGUUCCUCAAGAUUAUAUGUACACCUUACUUAGGAGUUCCAACUAGCAUGUGUUUAUGUUAUUAACUAAAUGAUAUCAUACUCUAAAAAUAUUAUUUCUUCUAAUGACUAUAUUUUGUUUUGUUAAUUUUACUAUCCAAAUAAAUCAUAUAUUUUUGGAAUAUUCAUUAAUUCGGCAAUAUGUUACGCAAUCCAAACUUUUAUCAUAAUUUUUCCCCACCUCAUUAGAUGGACAUGCGCCUGAAAGAAAUUUUAGUUAGAUAAAAGUAAAUCUCAAGUGAAAAUACUUUUUAUUUAGUGUUCUUUCUUAAUGGAUCGGUCGUUUUAAUUAAAGCUUAUUUUACUUGGUUAAUAUAUUACAUAGAAACCGUAACUUUUAUUCUGUUUCGUGGGCUUUAUUUUAACAGUUGAUCUUUAACUGCUGGUUGGGAAGCAGAUGCGAAUUGCACUCCACCUAUUUCGGGUUGUAUCACUAGAUUUUAGGUAUGAAGUGUAGCUCAAAGCUGGUUACAAGAAACAAUAAUUUGUCACUGAGUUACACUCGAAUUUAAAUACCCAUUUAACUAGUAUUAAAUAUAUUUCUAUGAUAUCCCAAUAAGUGCUCACCGAGUUAUCACAAAGAUGUAUUUAUUAUUAACUUUCUACCCAAUGCUUAAUUUAUUUGAAACUAUCAAGUCCAACGUUGGCAGUGUGAUACCCACAAACCUGUUUAACUGAAACAAUAACUUAGUCAAUUAAUUCUCUAGUAUGGUAUGGUAUGUUAUCUGAAAAUUAUAAAAUGAAGUUUUCAUUUUUUUCAAAGUAAUUAAAAUAUUUUGUCGAUUAAGUUUUCCAAAUUUACAAUCACUUCUUUUCAG